AUGCUAGGCUUAGGACGUCCUCGACUGAAAGCUCGGGCAUCAUUGUUGGAUCUGAUAACCGUACAGCAUACGUUGACACAAUCACCGCCCGCCGAGCUGUCACCGCUUCCAGACUCGCCCUCCUCAACUAUCACCACCCACUCUGUAUCCCCCCAUUCCACACAGGCCUCUUCCAUUAUGACUUCGGACGAUUCUGAGAACCAUGGCUCGAUCUUUUCGGUCUCCGGCCCUGUCGUCGUGGCCGAGAACAUGAUCGGUUGUGCCAUGUACGAGCUGUGCCGUGUUGGUCAUGACCAACUUGUUGGCGAGGUCAUCCGUAUCGAAUCAGACAAGGCCACUAUUCAGGUCUAUGAAGAAACAGUAGAACUGGGCCCCGGUUUGAUGGAGACGAUCUACGACGGUAUCCAGCGACCCCUCAAGGCCAUCGCCGACCAAUCGAAGGGUAUCUACAUUCCCCGUGGCAUUUCCGUGAAUGCUCUCGACCGCGAGCGCAAAUGGGAAUACAAGCCUGCCGGCUUCAAGGUUGGCGAUCACAUCACUGGUGGCGACAUCUGGGGUACCGUGUUCGAGAACAGUCUGGUAAAUGACCACAAAAUCCUGCUACCUCCUCGUGCACGGGGUACCAUCACCCGCAUUGCUCCUGCUGGCAGCUACACUGUCGAAGAGAAGCUGCUCGAGGUAGAGUUCGAGGGCAAGAAGACCGAGUAUGGUAUGAUGCAGACCUGGCCCGUCCGUGUUCCUCGCCCGGUUAGCGACAAGCUGUCCGCCGAUGCGCCCUUCAUCGUCGGCCAGAGAGUGCUGGAUGCUCUCUUCCCCAGUGUCCAGGGUGGUACUGUCUGCAUUCCCGGUGCCUUCGGAUGUGGCAAGACUGUCAUUUCCCAGAGUGUGUCCAAAUUCUCUAACAGUGAUAUCAUCGUCUACGUUGGCUGCGGUGAGCGUGGUAACGAGAUGGCUGAAGUUUUGAUGGAUUUCCCCGAACUUUCUAUUACCGUCGAUGGCCGCAAGGAGCCCAUUAUGAAGCGUACUUGCUUGAUCGCCAACACCUCCAACAUGCCCGUCGCUGCCCGUGAGGCCUCCAUCUAUACUGGUAUCACUAUUGCCGAAUACUUCCGUGACCAGGGCAAGAACGUGGCUAUGAUGGCAGACUCCAGUUCCCGUUGGGCCGAAGCCUUGCGUGAGAUCUCUGGUCGUCUCGGUGAGAUGCCUGCUGAUCAGGGUUUCCCCGCCUACCUUGGAGCCAAGCUGGCCUCUUUCUACGAGCGUGCCGGUAAGAGCAGUGCUCUGGGUAGCCCCGAGCGUGUGGGCAGUGUCAGCAUCGUCGGUGCUGUUAGCCCGCCCGGUGGUGAUUUCUCCGAUCCCGUCACCAGCAGUACCCUGGGUAUUGUCCAGGUGUUCUGGGGUCUCGACAAGAAGCUAGCGCAGCGCAAGCACUUCCCUUCGGUCAACACUUCGAUCUCCUACAGCAAGUAUAACACCGUCUUGGAUAAAUAUUACGAGAAGGACCACCCCGAGUUCCCUCGUCUGCGCGAUCAGAUUCGUGAGCUUUUGGCCAAGUCCGAGGACCUGGACCAGGUCGUUCAGCUGGUCGGUAAGGCGGCGUUGGGCGACUCGGAUAAGAUCACGCUGGAUGUGGCCAGCUUGCUUAAGGAUGAUUUCCUCCAGCAAAACGGAUACAGUGACUACGAUCAGUUCUGCCCCUUGUGGAAGACCGAGUACAUGAUGAAGGCCUUCAUGGGCUACCACAACGAAGCUCAGAAGGCCGUCGCUCAGGGUCAGAAUUGGAGCAAGGUCCGCGAAGCCACCGCCGAUCUCCAGAACGCUCUGCGCAACAUGAAAUUCGAGGUUCCCAACGAUGAGGCCGAGGUCUCGGCCAAGUACGAGAAGAUUCUCCAGUCUAUGACUGAGCGAUUCGCCUCGGUCUCGGACGAGUGA